AUGUCGCUACCGCCGAGCAUGGCAAUGUUUCUGGGAGACCGGCAGGUCAGUGAGAUGAACGCGAGCGACUUGAACCUGUCGCGCAACUUGAGCGUUCUGUGGAACACGAGCGGUGGCCUGAACUUUGACUUGAUCCUGAAGUUCGAGCGCAAUUUACGGCUCGACGGAGCUCUGCUCGCCGCUCUUCUGCUCGUUUACGGCGCCGUCAUCACCGUGGGUGUAGCAGGCAACUCGCUCGUCGUGCUCGCCGUCAUCAGGAAGCCCGCCAUGAGGACCGCCAGAAAUGUCUUCAUCAUCAACUUGGCCAUCUCAGACCUGGUGCUUUGUCUGGCCACCACUCCACUCACGUUGCUCGAGAUCGUCCCUCAAUACUGGCCGCUCGGGGACACCCCCUUCUUGUGCAAGCUGGUGGGCACUCUGCAGGCCACGUCCAUCUUCGUCUCCACCAUAUCCAUCACGGCCAUUGCACUCGACCGUUAUCACGUGAGUGAGAAUUCCUUCGGUUAA